GAAAAAAUGCAAAGUAGGAAAGCAGGAGUUGCCUUUUCAUUUUAUAAAAUGUUUUUGCUCCUUGGCGACUUGCUGUGGCUGUCAGGAAAGUGGAAGCUGAAGUCGGCUCGCUGUGUUGAUUGUCUGAAAGCCGGUGAAUUAUUAUUUUGAUUUGUGGACGGCCCCACCCUAACAAUUUUUGCUAUUUUUUGCUACAGGAAACCAAGGAAGACGUGGAGCGAGCCCCGGAGAUGACACGGGUUCAAAUGAGCCAGGAGGAGGAGGGAGAGGGGGCUCAGGGCUCAGAGCUGAGAGAAAGCGGUUCCUAGCUUCCUUGCUGUCUUGUGUCCCAGCUUCCUAGCUAAUGAUCUGAAUUAGACACAGCAGAAUCAGGAGAGGAAUAAAGGCAUUACGAAUCCGGGCGUCCGGUUCUGUGACUCAGACUUCCAUACAGUUAAAGAAGACUCAAAUCAAAUUUGAUGUCGGUUCUGUCGGCUUCUUGACUGGACUGGUCUCGAAGUUGGAUUAUCGUCUUCACAUGGCUCCUGCUCGAGUUUGCGACUGAAGGUCUCAGGGUCGGUGAGGGAUGCUGUCCUGGCACAGGCUGGCACGGCUCGGCCUGCUUUCCCUCUUCUGCUGGGUGCUAGCCCAGGGCUGCGGACCGGGACCGGGUACCGGCCACCGAACACGACUCAAGAAGCUGACGCCCAUGCCCUACAAGCACUUUGUACCCAACUUCUCCGAGAACAACUUGGGGGCCAGCGGGAGGCCGGAGGGCAAGAUUACGCGCAACUCGGAGCGCUUCAAGGACCUGAUUCCAAACUACAACCCGGAUAUCAUCUUCAAGGACGAGGAGAACACGUCGGCGGACCGCCUGAUGACACAGCGCUGUAAGGACUGUGUGAACUCCCUGGCCAUCGCAGUGUUGAACCAGUGGCCAGGAGUGAGGCUGCGUGUGACGGAGGGCUGGGACGAGGACGGACACCAUGCCCCGGAUUCCUUGCACUACGAGGGGCGGGCCGUGGACAUCACCACCUCGGACCGGGACCCCCGCAAGUACGGGGUGCUGGCACAGCUGGCUGUGGAGGCAGGUUUCGACUGGGUGCACUAUGAGUCCCGCUCACACGUGCACUGCUCCGUCAAGUCAGAUCACUCUGUCACAGUGAAGAAGGGGGGCUGUUUCCCUGGCAGUGCCCGGGUCACUCUGGCUGGUGGUCAGCUGGUCACUCUCUCAGCCCUGCGGCCGGGGGCUCGGGUCCUGGCGGUGGACGGCUCGGGGCGGGUGGUGCCCAGCCAGGUCUUGCUUUUCCUGGACCGCGAUGUGGGCUGGAAGACCCAAUUUGUGGUCCUGGAGACAGAAGAGACCCAACUAAGACUCACCCCGUCCCACCUCAUCUUUCUGGCCCCCAACAGGACGCUGGACCCCAAACUCUACCGAGCUUCGUUCGCGAGCCGGGUCCAACCGGGCCACUUUGUCCUAGUGGGGCACCAAAGGGAGCUCCGCCCCUCCAGGGUCCGGGCAGUCUCAUUGGAGGAGGGAGUAGGGGUGCACGCCCCCUUGACGGAGCAUGGCACCCUAUUGGUGGAUGGUGUCCUGGCUUCUUGCUAUGCACUAAUCGAGCACCACAGUUUGGCUCACUGGGCUUUUGGGCCUCUGAGGUUCCUGCACCUGCUGUACAGUGCAGUCGGGAUGUCCCACACAGGGAACCUGACCCAGGACAGUGUGGGGGCGCACUGGGGUCAGGAUGGGAACACUGGGGUGCACUGGUAUGCAAGGUUGCUCUACACAGUGGGACGCAUGGUUUUGGAUCCAGAGAGAUUUCACCCCUAAUGGUGAAGGGACCCCAACGAAACAAGUUAUUGCACCAAAAAUCAGCCUGCCUAUUAGAUCUAGUUAUUAGAAGGGUGGUUUCAGACUAACUAAAGAGAUUAGUAUCUUGAAAACUAACACAAAAAUUAUAUCGAAUCCAACCAAAAUUACUGAACUGGUAGACAGCAUACCCUAUUCUCAAGACUUUAACCCCUAUUCAUUGCCCUUUUACCCAGCAAAAACCUCUUCUGAAAACACUCCUUAAUGUUGAAUGUGGGAAAAGGAGUUGGGGAACACAUUAACAGUGCACUGAAGCCUGUGCAACACAAAUAUGCUUCCCCGCCUCACUUCCCUGCAAUCUACCUUGAGUCUUUUCACAGUUUAUGCUGGAAUAGUUAGUAAGCAUGGCGAUUAGUAAUCCUAGCAUAAACCUUAGAGAACUCUACAGAACACACACAGGCAAGACAAUUAUUAUUAGGAAAAUGUAGAUGAUUUAAAGUAGCCCUUUUAAAAUGAAGUGCUAUUCUUUUUUUUCAAUAUGAUGGAAUCUAUUUAACCUCCCACUCCCUGUGCAGCAGGUAUUAGGACCCCACGUGAAACACUAAACUCCCUUUGCUGCGCACAGGACUAUAGGCGGAGUCAGGUGGGACCCCUGUAGCUGCCGCACAGCGAGUGAAUCUGCGCUCUGGUAUUCAACCUGUCGCUACUGGAAUCAUAGUUCACAUGAAACGUCCUUCUGUUUCAAAGAGAGUUUUCUAAAUAGAGUUAUCUGCCCCUGGCUAAGAUAUCCAGAUAAUAUUGUGUUUUGUAAACACUACGCAGUGCACUGAAAACGAUCGUUAUGAGAAACUAACUCAAGCAGACAAAAGCUUCGUCUAGAGCCUUCAUCGAGGCACAGUACGCUUAAAAAGGAAUGAACUGAAGCAUUUGUCUGUUUGUUUCUUGUAACUUGAUAAUCUGUUACCUUUAAUCCAACUGAAAAAUAUUUUGACAAAUCAAAAUGCACAUUUGUCCCAAAAUCGUCCAAUUCCGCAUUGUUGGUCUGGUUAGAGAUAAGAGAUUAGGAAAUAUAUUAGCUGGGGAUACACCCUAAAGAUGUUACAAGCCUGCUAGUUUUGCAAUCCUUCUGGGGGGAGAUGUCUAAUUCUUGUAUGCCUGCAUUUGAAUAUACAGUUGCUGAGUUGAGUGCAUUCUUCUAAAGAAAACCACUAGUUAUGCUGUAACUGAAUUGUCACUGGAGAUGAAGAUGAAAAUAUUUAGCUUUUGAUGUUUUGAAAGUUUAAGUAUAUAUAUAUUUUCUAA